GGAGGAGAGAAGAUGGCGGAAGCGGAGUUUAAGGACCACAGUACAGCUAUGGAUAGUGAGCCGGGCUCCGGAACGUCUGUGUCAACAACAGCCAGCAGCACCACCACCACCACCAUCACCACGUCCUCCUCCCGAAUGCAGCAGCCACAGAUCUCUGUGUAUAGUGGGUCAGACCGACAUGCUGUUCAGGUAAUUCAGCAGGCCUUGCACCGCCCCCCCAGCUCGGCGGCUCAGUACCUGCAGCAGAUGUACGCGGCCCAGCAGCAGCACCUGAUGCUGCACACGGCCGCUCUUCAGCAGCAGCACCUCAGCAGCUCCCAGCUCCAGAGCCUCGCCGCCGUCCAGGCAAGUUUGUCCAGUGGAAGACCAUCUACAUCCCCCACAGGCAGUGUUACACAACAGUCAAGUAUGUCCCAGACAUCUAUCAACCUCUCCACUUCUCCUACACCUGCUCAGCUGAUGAACCGUUCCCAGACUUCCAGUUCUACCAGCGGCAGUAUUACCCAGCAGACUAUGCUCCUAGGGAGUACCUCUCCCACCUUAACGGCCAGCCAAGCUCAAAUGUAUCUCCGAGCUCAAAUGCUGAUUUUCACACCUGCUACCACUGUGGCUGCUGUACAGUCUGACAUCCCUGUUGUCUCGUCGUCACCGUCACCUUCCUGUCAGUCUGCAGCUGCUCAGGUUCAGAAUUUAACAUUACGCAGCCAGAAGCUGGGUGUCUUAUCUAGCUCACAGAAUGGCCCACCAAAAAGCACUGGUCAAACCCAGUCCUUGACAAUUUGCCAUAAUAAAACAACAGUGACCAGUUCUAAAAUCAGCCAACGAGACCCUUCUCCAGAGAGCAAGAAGGGAGGAAGCCCAGGUCUGGAAUCUCGGAGCACAGCCGUCACACGGACAUCAAGCAUUCACCAGUUAAUAGCACCAGCUUCAUAUUCUCCAAUUCAGCCUCAUUCUUUAAUCAAACAUCAACAGAUUCCUCUUCAUUCACCACCUUCUAAAGUUUCCCAUCAUCAGCUGAUAUUACAACAGCAACAACAGCAAAUUCAGCCAAUCACCCUUCAGAGUCCAAGUCAAGAGCCUCCCCCAUCCCAGCACUGUAUCCCACUCCCAAACCAUGGCCUUUCUCCGGCUCCCAGUAAUGCCCAGUCACAGCAUUGCUCCCCAAUUCAGAGCCAUCCCCCACCUUUAACUGUGUCUCCUAAUCAGGCACAGUCUGCACAGCAGUCUGUAGUGGUGUCUCCUCCCCCACCUCAUUCCCCAAGUCAGUCUCCUACUAUAAUUAUCCAUCCACAAGCACUUAUCCAGCCACACCCUCUUGUGUCUUCAGCUCUUCAAACAGGGCCAAAUUUGCAGCAGGCUACUGCUGAUCAGGUACAGUCCACAGCACAGCUGAAUCUUCCAUCCCAUCUUCCACUUCCAGCAUCCCCUGUUGUACACAUUGGCCCUGUCCAGCAGUCUGCCUUGGUGUCCCCUGGUCAGCAGAUAGUGUCCCCAACAUCACACCAGCAAUAUUCAACCCUACAGUCAUCUCCAAUCCCGAUCGCAACCCCUCCACAGAUGUCGGCAUCUCCUCCAGCUCAGAUCCCACCACUGCCCUUGCAGUCUAUGCAGUCUUUACAAGUGCAGCCUGAAAUUCUAUCCCAGGGCCAGGUUUUGGUGCAGAAUGCUUUGGUGUCAGAAGAGGAGCUACCUGCUGCAGAAGCUUUGGUCCAGUUGCCAUUUCAGACUCUUCCUCCUCCACAGACUGUUGCGGUAAAUCUCCAAGUGCAGCCGCCGGCACCUGUUGAUCCACCAGUGGUUUAUCAAGUAGAAGACGUGUGUGAGGAGGAAAUGCCAGAGGAGUCCGAUGAGUGUGCAAGGAUGGACCGGACCCCCCCACCCCCCACCUUGUCUCCAGCAGCGAUCACUGUGGGGAGAGGAGAGGACCUGACAGCUGAACACCCAUUGUUAGAGCAAGUGGAGUUGCCUGCUGUGGCUUCAGUCAGUGCUUCGGUGAUCAAGUCUCCGUCAGACCCCACCCAUGUCUCUGCUCCUGCACCUCCACUCUUAAUGCCUGCAGCCUCGGCCCGGAGCAGCAGCCCCUCUCUGGCCAGCAGCACUCCCAGCCUGGAAAACAAGCCUCCACAGGCUAUUGUCAAACCGCAGAUUCUGACCCAUGUUAUAGAAGGUUUUGUGAUUCAGGAGGGACUGGAGCCGUUUCCUGUGAGUCGUUCAUCAUUGCUGAUAGAACAACCUGUGAAAAAAAGGCCUCUUUUGGAUAAUCAGGUGGUAAACUCUGUGUGUGUUCAGCCAGAGUUAGAGAAUAACACAAAGCAUGCAGAUAACUCAUCUGACACAGAGAUGGAAGACAUGAUUGCUGAAGAGACAUUGGAAGAAAUGGAUAGCGAGUUACUCAAGUGUGAAUUCUGUGGAAAAAUGGGAUAUCCUAAUGAAUUUUUACGGUCCAAACGAUUCUGUACAAUGUCUUGUGCCAAAAGGUACAACGUUAGCUGUUCUAAAAAAUUUGCACUUAGUCGUUGGAAUCGUAAACCUGAUAAUCAAAGUCUUGGGCAUCGGGGCCGUCGUCCAAGUGGUCCUGAAGGGGCAGCAAGAGAACAUAUCCUUAGGCAGCUUCCAAUUACUUAUCCAUCUGCAGAAGAAGACUUGGCCCCUCAUGAAGAUCCUGUGCCCUCUGCUAUGACGACCCGUCUGCGCAGGCAGAGUGAGCGUGAAAGAGAACGUGAGCUUCGUGAUGUGAGGAUUAGGAAGAUGCCGGAGAACAGUGACUUGCUCCCAGUCACACAGACAGAGCCCUCCAUAUGGACGGUUGAUGAUGUCUGGGCCUUCAUCCAUUCUUUGCCUGGCUGCCAGGAUGUUGCAGAUGAGUUCAGGGCACAAGAGAUUGAUGGACAGGCCCUGCUCUUGCUAAAAGAAGACCAUCUCAUGAGUGCAAUGAACAUGAAGCUGGGCCCAGCCUUGAAGAUUUGUGCACGAAUCAACUCUCUGAAGGACUCUUAACAAGAGUGAGGCUUUGUGCCUCUCAGUCCAUUCCUCUUACUAGGUGAAGAUAAAGCCUCGUUGGACUGAGAAUAUCAGACUGAUGGGGGAAGGCCGAGUGCAUUAGGACAGCCAUGGCCAGUGCCGACAUUUCUCUUCAGAUGUCCUAACUCAUCGUGCGUUUUCAUAAUUAGCGAACAUCAGUGACAUUAAUUUUACCAGUUACAUGCUACACUGAAAGACUUGUUACAGAGGCCCAUAUUUUUCAAAGAAACAUGUUAUACUAGAUAAUUUUUUAAAGGUAAUGUUUAUCAUUAAUAUAAAGGAAUCCUUUUAAAAUAAUUAUUGAUUUACACUCCCCCUCCUUUAAUUCUCUUUUCUUAUAUGUUUUUCUACCCUGUUAGUUUUCUAAAUGUUGUCAUAGAGAUAUAGGAUAAUUUAGGAACCCAUUGACAGAAUUGAAUGCAAUGAAAUACCAGUCUGUUUUAAAAAGCGUAUCUUCCAGACAAAUGCUUUGGCUGUGAAAAGGGAUUGUGUUUUAGCACAAGCAGUAUUUUUGAAGUUCUCAAGAGUUUCUUAGUCUAGCCUUUACCCAGGUUGGCAUGACUGACAGUUUUCCUCCUGGUCUGUACAUUAAGAGCAAUUGUUCUCAGUGGAGAACUUGUCCUCCAGGGGACAAUUGGCGAUAUCUAGACACAUUCUGGUUGCUACAGCUUGGGGUUGAGUUUUGGCGAGGGUUGUUACAGGACUGAGGUGUGGCAGCCAGCAGAGAUGUUGCUGAAUAUCCUGCAGCACAUAGGAUGUCCCUGUCACCAAGAGUGACGUGUUACAGAUGCCAGUGGUUCCAUGGUUGAGAAGUCUGGGUGAGCAAAGAGCUGCAUGUUACUCUUUUCACCUGCAGGGACAUACUUAAAGAUGGGCUAUGUCGAGGAGGGAUGUGCAGUGAAGGAUUAGCCAGUGGCACCAGAGUUCUGUAGAAGUAGGGUUUAGUUUUACUGUAUACUAGAAAGAAAAGGAAAUCCAUAAACUUGGGCUAUAGAACUAGGCUAACUCAUAGACCAUGUGACUCUGGUGUGGUAUUGGCCCAUGGUCACCUCUUCCUGACUGUUGUGUGCACUGAGAAGGUGCUAGGCGCAGUCAUGCCUUGGAGCCUUCUCCGGCAGCCGAGAGCCGUGGAGAUGGGGUCCCUUCCAUGAAGCAGCCCUGCUGAGUCUGCCUAGUGUGCGUAUUUCUUUCUCCCUUACAAGGCUGUGGAUUCUUCCCACAAAGUACUUAAAGUGAUUUCUCUUAAUCAGAAGUUUUCAUUCAGCAGUUUUCUGUUAGGACAUUAAGCCACAUUUGUCUGUGGAUGCUCUGAAGUCUUUACAGUGCUGGGCAUCAAAAGACUUGCUGACUUUGUUUGCUUUCUCGAUCUUUACUACAUGUUUGCAAAAUCUGAACAACUGAAGAGAAUGUACAUGUCCUUGGCACAGACAGAAGAGACAGCAGGAGUCUGAACUCAGUCAUCUUUACAGCACUUUUCAGAGAUGGUGUUGAGUUACAGAAGACUAAAAGAUGUCACAGAGACAUCACAGAUAAAUUUAUCUUUUGGCUUUGUGUACAUUAGAAAAUGUUGGUUAUUUUUAUACAGAAAUAUAGCAGAUAAUUUUUUUAAUCUUUAGAUGCCUCUUGUUUGAAUGUAUGCUUUGUGCGGUUGUUGAUACAGUAGUUAGUUGUAAGAGUUGUUCACUAGUAGUCCUGUGUAGACCACAAUGUGUGAGUAGCUGAGGCUCCUGUUUCAGCUACAGUAGUAUAGUCUACGUUACAUAUUUCUUUGUAUUACCUUUGGUUAUUAAUGUUUCAAGGAAGGCAGGUACAGUCAUCUGCAUCUAUCAGUACUGAGUCAUCCUGGCGGAGUUGUCACGGACGGUCCUCAUUCUCCUAGCAGAGGCUAAGAAGCACUAAGAGAUUGCCUGCUGUGCCGAAGGAGGUCUGGGAUUAAAACUGUGCUGUAGUGACCCACAGUGAAUACAGGGUUGUCCCGUAGAGCUCCAGCAAUAAUGCUUCCCUCCCACAAAUGCCUACGUGUAGCCUUUAAGGCAUUGACUCUGCACUUGCCCACUGUGUGCUUAUGAGAACCCUGUGCCUGGCACUGUCCUUAAGCACCCUAAACAGUUCACACAAGGGCUUCUCUUUGGAGAAUGCCUUCUUCUCCUUCAUCUUAGAAGUGGUCCAGAUCUUCUGUUGUCUGCACUUAAAUUUAACUAGCAAACACACUUUUUUCUUAUAAGUGGGUUUAUUUAGAAGUGGCUCAUUUGGUGUUUGGUAGUUCUCCCAUUGCUGCAGGUACUUCUGUCUAGGUAAUUUUCAAUCAUGCUAACUUGAAAAUUCAAUUACAUGGAAUGGGGACACACACCAUGUUUCUUCGUCUCCCAAGCAUCAGGCUGUUGAGUGUGACAUUGGCAGGAAGAACGCUGACUUCAGUUCCUUUUGUAUUACUAAGCACUUAAGAACUUUCUUGGAGGAAAAAAAAAAAAAGACAAGCAGGAAGGGAACAUGGCUUCUUCCUAUUUUUGCUUCCUGAGUUUGCCUUUCCUGAUUUGAAACCCUUCAACUACUGUGGGACACGCUUUUCACAUGUUAUUUGUUUUAAAUUCUGUGUUUUUAGGAAAAUAAACAGCUGGCUUGUAAAAGUUACUUUAUAUGACAAUACUUAGACACUUUGCAUAGAUACAUAUAAGGCACAGUGACAUAGCUUCAUCAGCAUAGCAGGGAGUGCUGCCUCCAUACCUGACACCUUCAGUGACAGUGACUGAUGGGCAUAGUCACUUUUGCAGAACUGUGAAGUCUAGCUUAAAGGACUGUCACCUGGGAGUAGAGAUGCCAGAACAAAAGGGGAGCAUGUUAGUGAAGUAGCUAGAGAAUGGCAGAGUAGAUGGACCUCCUACUCGCUCAGUUCCCCCGUGCAACCCUGAACACACUUCUGCACUCUGGAGAUUACAACUCAUGAUUUACCUGAAUACAUAGAAGAGAUUUUCUGUGGUUUAGGAAUCCUGCUGCUUUCCCCUUUGUUUCUUGUGUUGGAAGGCUGGUGUGUGAAACUGUAUUAUUACCAUGCCUUUGGAUAACUAUUCACAGUCAGUCUUUAGAUAUUAAGUGCAGAAUUCGGUCACAUGCCUAUUUAUAAACACAUGUUGGAUUGAAAUCUUUCACAGGACUUGUUUUUUUCACAAGCUUGUUAGGUUGUGUGUCUCAGCAGCUCUGUCCAGUAUAUGAAGUCUCUGACUGCUAAUACUCCUAAAGCAUUUCAGAAAUGUUUUCAACUAGAGAGGCUGGCUAAAUGGUAUAGUUUGAAGACUUGGGGAAUGCCAGCAACACUUGCUGCUGACUGGUACUGUUAGUUGGCAUGGGAUGGCCUCACGUUAUUUCCUCACUGAGUCUCGUCUUGCUCCAAUCCCACCUCCAGUCAACUACAGAUUUUCUUCUUAGUUCUUUACUUGGGGUUGGGUAGUAUCCUGGCUUGGAGAUCUUCAGGCUGUUGUAAUGGGGCAGACCUUUAUAACUUCACCAGUUGUAUUUCAAUGAAAGUCUUGUCUAUCUAUGCAAAUUGUUUCCUAGUUUCUUGUGUACCAUAUGUGUAACUGUGUGACUUGUUUCUUAAAGGUUUUUUUUUUUGGGGGGGGGGGGCACCUUGUAGAGUAAGAAACAGAUGAGAAGAUGAUAUUGCUAGCUAACUGACAUUUAUCACAACGGUGGUCCUUAGUAGCUUAGCAUAGUCCUUGGUGAUGGAUGGUUGGAUAAGGUGUGUUCGUUGUUUUGGUUGUUGCUACUAGGGACUGAGUCAGGAACUCACACUCCACCUCUGAGAUUGCAUACUGUAUUUUUUGCUUGUUUGCCUAGACUAACCUGGAAUUGUGAUCCUCUGACCUCUCAAGUGCUGGAUUUUAAGGUCUGUGCCACCAUGCCAAACCUAGCCCCUGUGGUUUUAAAUUGUCAAGAUUUGGCUGUAAUCAAAUUAGUUAUUUCUCUUUAUCACCUGACCCUGCUCUGAGGAGUGCUGAUAUUAAUAGUACCACAAGUGCCCAAGUUGAGCAUGACUGGAUUUUUGAAGAUGAUAAUCAGUCAGAGGGAGAGAAUCUGUCAAAAUGUAAGAGUUUGUUAUGAUUGAUUGAGUGGCCAGAAUACAGAGGCACUUCCACAGUCUUGCAGCUAGUCAGUCAUAAGGAAAGGAAGACACUCUAGGACAUGCUGUGUUCCAUUCUGAGCCCUGCUGGCUGCAGCUGCAAUUUUCUCCUGACUGGUGGGCUCUAGUCAGCACAAGCCUGCCUCUUGUCUUGGUGUAAGCAGAAUGGCUCGUGACAUGACCUGCUUGAACUCAGCAGUCAUCAGUACUGAUAUCAUCACUCCGUUCAGUGUUUUAUUUCAUCUCAGACACGGGUUUGGACUUCAGAUGAGCACACACCAGUACUAAGAAGAGUACAUGUGUUGUAUUAUUCAAACUUAACUGGAACUCAUUGAACCAGCCCCUUAAGGAAUCCUCUGGGAAGGUAUUUCUGGUGUUAGAUUAUAAAAUGCAUUGCCAAAUAGUUUCUAGUUGAAAUAAAAGCUGUUUUCCAGUUUAAAAUGUUAAAAAUGAUAUUGACAUUUUAAAAAGUAGCCUUAAAUGGUAAGGCCUUAUCACUUGUGCACUCAGCUGAUUGAGAUUAUAGAGCCAACGUCUACUUUAACGUUAUACUAAGACAAAACUUUUUUUUUCUUUUUGAAAGUUACAAGAUAUCAGUUUAUCUACAAUUAUUACCACCAUGUUCUAGAGAAAAACCUCAGGAGGCCCUGGUUCUCUGUCGACACACAGCUCCUCUACAGCAGUGUCAUCAGCACGCGCUCUGGCAAGCGCCAUAGCUAAGGGAAAUUAUUUCCACAGGGUUUUAUUUUCUUUCUCCUUUGAUAGCUUGUGGACAUUUUAUUUAAAAGUACAAUUUAAAUAUAACGUUAGGCACAAAAUGAGCUUCUCUAUAACACUUUGUGUUUUAGGCAGAGGUCUUUCUGUUGCUGUUCAAGUGUUAACAUACUGCUGUCUACGAUAUUCCUGAUAUUGGGCAUAAAUCUUUAGAAUGUGAAAAUUUAAAGUAGUAUGUAAUGAAUGAAUUUUAAUUUAAAAUCAGUAUAAAUCUAAAACAUCAUUAUGCUAGCAUGGCAUGGUUUAAUGAAAUGUAAGAGGGAUGUAGCUAAGUCCUUUAUACUGUCUAGCUUAGUUCCAGUCAUCAUCUUAGAUACUCAUAGUACCUAUUGCUGUUUGGCUUAAUGGAAUACAGCAGUGCUUUGCGGACCUUUCUCUGACAGUGGUGAACGAGUAGUGGGAAUUAGAACAUCAUUGAAGGGAACAUGAACCCACUGAAGAAGGAAGGGACUUUUUAAAUCUUGCCUCAAGUAAACGAAAUAUGUACAGUGUUUAAAUCCUUAUACAUAAUGUUUGUGUUAAAUGUUCUGGUAGUAUUAAAAAGUGAGCAAAUUACAACCUUUCUUCAGUGAUAACAGAUAAAUACACUUGCUGCAUUACUGUGCUGAGUGGAGAGGAAACGGCGAGCCUGGGAGACUUGGUGUUACUCCAGAUGGCAGGCCAGCCCUGGGACACGCUGGGCAGCUAUUUGGCUUUUAAUCUUAUUUCAGUGUACAGUGUGAUACUGCACUACUAAAUAGGCUAAUUUUUUUUUUUUUUUUUUUUUUUUUUUUUUUCUGGCUUAAAGUGUUUUUGAAGAAACAUUCGGCCCGAGCUUUAAAGUUACAGUCCUGAGGUACAUAAUUGGGAUUACCACUGGGCUGACCGAAUGACAAGUGAAUAUCUGUACUCAUGCACUUCCUCAUUCAUUUGUAAACUAUCUGAACACUUGGCUUAUGUAUGGAAUAUACAUUCAAAAAAUUAACAGUCUUCCCAAAUAAAUUCUGUGCUGCUUAAGCAUGUAUGUAAUUACAACCAGUAAUUAAUGGUAAUUAAUUAACCAGGACUGCCCUGCUGUCUGGGAACUGGGGUUUAAUAAUAUCCAAGGGCCAAAUCAUACUGCUACUCUCACACUUCCAUCUGUGGGCCAUCUCCUUGACUGUUAACAACAGUCAGACUGGCUGCCAUGACCGACUGUGAGACUGUUGUGACAGGCAGUCAGGACCGCCCCUGUAUGUGGUGUGUGGGUGGCAGAUGCAAGAAGCCCAUGUGGAAUCAUUGUGCAUUUUUAGUUGCAAAAGUUUAUAUCCAGUAUUGAUAGUGGAACAGUUUUCCAAAACAAUCAUCUCCUUCUCCACAGAACUGACUGUACUGCAGUGUGUUAGAGACAGCCACCUCUCAAAGACAAGGAAGACCCAGAAAGGAAAUGCAGACCUGGCGACAGAAGGCAGUUCCUAGCUAGGCUCACAUCUUUGAUCCCAGCCUUGGGAGGCAGAAGCAGGCAGAUAGAUAGAUCUCUGUGAGUUUGAGGCCAGC